AUGUCUAUGCAAAACAAGAAUCUUUAUGCGUUAUUAGGUAAUGACGUUUCUGGUGACGAAGGUGAUUUCGUUGCUCCAGUUGAAAUCGUUGCACCACUCAAGUCCACCAAGAAAUCUGGCACUCCUCCAAAGGCCGACAAGUCCAAGGCUAAAGGUGGUAAGCCAAAGGCUUCUGCCAACGAAGCAGGUGUCAAGUUCACCAACAAGAACAGAGAUGCUUCUGCUCCAAAGUCCACCCAGAGAAAGGGCGGUAAGGACAAGAAGUUCGACAGACACUCCAGAACCGGUAGAACCGACACCAAGAAGGCAGAACACCAAAGAUUAGGUGACGAAGUUGAGGCGCAAAUCGAGGGCGAAGAAGAUGCUGAAGCUGAGAUUGAAGAAGAAACCGGAGAAGCUAAGCCACAAUUGAGAUCUGCUGCAGACUUCUUUGCGGAAUUGCAAGCUUCCAACCUGAACAAGAACUCCAAGGCCGCAGCUCCUUCUUCCUCUAUCAAUGAAGAGGAUUUGCUUGUCAAGAGCCAAGAAGCUUACAUUUCAGGUACCACUGAGAAGAAGGUCAGAUCCAAGGCUAAGAAGGAAAAGGUCUUCCUCGAUGUCAACGUCACUGUUACCGAUGGUUUUGAAAGACCAGAGAGACCACAAAGAUCCGACUUCCAAAAGGGUUCCAGAAAGCCAAAGGGUAAGAAGUUUGCCGGUAAGCCAAAGGAUGCCUCAAAGAAAAACGUCCUUACUGAACAAAACUUCCCAGCUUUAUAA